AUGGAUGGGACAGAGUAUGAGACAACAGGCCCCUGGGCACAGUCCUGUAAAAGGCCCCCGCCCUCCUACAAAAUGUCAACAGAACAGAACCUCUGUGUCCAAUCCUCGGCGCAUGCGUACAUUCUAAAAUACGAUUUGCACAACGGUCCGACAUCAAAGAUGGCGGGAGCCUCCGACCCACUGGAGGACAUGCUCUUCAAUGAGGUGGACGAGAAAGCCGUUAGCGACUUGGUCGGCUCUCUGGAAUCUCAACUGGGCGACCGAAAGACUCCCGCUGCUUCGUAUUCCGACGGAAAACGGGAGGCAGCUCCGGCCGCCGUGGGUCAGUUCUCAGGGAAAGUGCGCGAUCAAGUGGGGUCUGUGGAGCCGCAACAAGGGCAUCCGAAAGCGGGGUUAACCCAGGAACCCGGCGCUAAUGAGCCUCUCUCCGUUCAAACCCUUUCCUCCUCUACCUCCUCCAUCGCUGCCGGGGCCGUAAUCACCGCCGGAGCUGGGCUACAAACAGUUGGAGCAGCUCCCCCGACUGCUUCCCCCGGACCGGGACCCGUAACUUUGACCACUCAGCCCGCCGCUGCUAGCUUCCACCGGGCGGCUGUCCUGGGUCCGAGCGCGGCUCCCAGCUCCUCCAUCGUCCCCGCGGCUGAGGCGAUCAGGACCGGGUCUCCCGGACUGCAAAGUUUAAACGGAAACGGCGGAGCUGUAAAGUUGGUGAACUCGCCCGCGGUCCCCCCACCAGCCGGGGCCAGCACUGUUAUAAGUACUGUCAGUGCUGGGGGGUCCGCUAUCAUCGCCUCCAUGGCUUCACAGCCGAGUUUCCCGGUACCUCAGUCCUCAGUGGCGUCUCCCGCUGUGGCUUUGCAGAGACACCCCAGCCCGGUGGCCAGCGUCGCCCAGAACGGGGUAGACCCUAAGGGUGGCCAGCUGGUGACCCAGGGUGCCCCCUCCCCAUCAGCUUCCACCUCUCAGGUCAUGAACCACAGCAACCCUCUGAUGCACACCAAGAUGCUGGUGCCCAGCCAGCCAGUCUCUGGAAACACUGUCAUCCUGACGAGCACCCCCCCUCCCGCUGCAGCCCAAUCCCCCAUCAGCCAGACUCAGACUGGGACCAGUACGGCCGCCGUCACCCUGGCUGCUGCAGGGGUGAAGCCUGCGAUGAACGGAGUGGGUCAGCCUGCAGUGGCUGUGGUGAGGCCGCCGGGCGCUCCGGUGGUGGCCACCUCCAUCCAGCAGCAGAGACCCGGGCUGGUGGCGAGCUCCACCCGGGCGGCUGCUCCUCAGCUUCCCCUGGCUGUCCGGCCCCAGCAGCAGACCACCAUCCAGCUGCCCCCUGGGUUCACCAUGCCUCCUGGUAUGGUUCUGGUCCGGACAGAGACCGGUCAGCUGGUGAUGGUCCCCCAGCAGGUCCUGGCCCAGGCUCAGGCCAAGACACAGCAGGCCCAGACGGUGGCCAGCAUCACCCAGAGACCAGCGACGCCGACGGCCGGGGCCACCAUCCGGGUCAGCACCGCCACCACGGCUCCUGGUACACCUCAGACCGUCCGCCUGGCCUCCCCCGCUCCCACCAGAAUGGUUCAGUCUCCCUCCACCACCACUGUCCAGAAGGCCAUCACCGUGGCUCCCGGCGCUACGGCGGUGUCGGUGAAGAUGACGACCCCUCAGAAGGCCCCGACGGUGAUAACAGCGGGGGGGACGACCGUGGCCAAGUCUGCCGGUGUCACGUCCGCCCCCCUGACCAGCACGACCCCUGCCGCUCCCGCAGUCACGCCCCCCGCCAGAGUCACCGUGGUUUCCCAGGAAAUGCAAGAAAACGUGAAGAAAUGCAAGAACUUCCUCGCCACGCUCAUCAAGCUGGCGUCCCACAACUCGCCCUCCCCAGAUACCUCCAAGAAUGUGAAGGCCCUGGUGCAGGACCUACUCGAUGCUAAGAUUGAGCCUGAGGAGUUCACCACUCGGCUGCAGGCUGAGCUGAAGUCCUCCCCACAGCCCUACCUCAUCCCCUUCCUCAAGAAAAGCCUCCCCGCCCUGCGUCAGUCUCUGCUCAACAGCCAGCAGUCUCUGAUGACGGCCACCCCCAGCACCUCUGCGCCCCCCCCUGCCGCCCCCGGCUCCGUCACCACCACCGCCAUCAGACCGCGACUGCCCAUCAGUCCGGCCACCAGCACCGUCAGACUGAACACGCCGCUCACGACAUCAACGGCCGUGGGCAGACCAGGAGUCCAGACCGUUCAGACCCGUACACCUGUCGUCAUCAGUCAGAACCUCAGACCUCAAGGUGCGCUCGUCAGAGGACCCACAACCAUCAUCGGCAAAAGUCUCGUCAACCUGUCCGCUCAAGCCAAUCAGAAGAAGCUGAGUGACCCAGGGGGCGGGACAUUCAGAGAUGACGAUGACAUCAACGACGUGGCGUCCAUGGCCGGCGUCAACCUUAACGAGGAGAACGCCCGUAUCCUAGCAACCAGCUCGGAGCUGGUGGGCACAAAGAUCCGCUCCUGUAAAGACGAGUCCUUCCUGCCCACCGGGCUGCUGCACCGCCGCAUCCUGGACACAGCUAAGAAGCUGGGGGUGACCGAGGUUCCUCUGGAGGUCGUCAACUUCAUCUCCCACGCGACUCAGUCCAGACUGCGCUCCCUGCUGGAGAAGGUUUCAGCCGUUGCUCAGCAUCGUGCGAGCGGAGGGAAGGAUGAAGAGCAUCACGAACAGACGUCAGACGUUCGCUCUCAGCUUCGUUUCUUCGAGCAGCUGGAGCGAAUGGAGAAACAGAGGAAAGACGAGCAGGAGAGAGAGAUGCUGCUGAAGGCUGCCAAGAGUCGCGCCAGACAAGAAGAUCCAGAGCAGGCUCGCCUGAAGCAGAAGGCCAAGGAGAUGCAGCAGCAGGAGCUGGCUCAGAUGAGACAACGAGACGCCAACCUCACGGCCCUCGCCGCCAUCGGGCCGCGCAAGAAACGCAAGCUGGACUCACCGGGAGGAGCCGCGGCUGGCACAGAGGUGGCCUCAGGUUCGGGUGCCGGCUCCUCGGCGGCGGGCUCGCCCCGGCAGCAGCUCCGUCAGCGGAUCACACGCGUUAACCUCAGGGACUUCAUCUUCUGUCUGGAGCAGGACCGCACCACGGCGCGCUCCCUCAUGCUCUACAAGGCUCUGCUGAAAUGAGGAGUGGACCCGCUGCAGACCACGAACUGCAUCACCCUUCACCUCCUCUUCCAGUCCUCACAUCCUCAGAGUCCGCCUCCUUCGCCCC